AUGGCUGACAAAAAAGGUGGGAUGGUGUCCUCUGUGCCAAUGAUAAUGGCUGACAAAAAGGCCAAUACUGCUUUUCAUAUCAAGAGGACAGAAAAAGAAAACCAAGGAAACCAGAUAGAGACUUCACCAAGAUUCCCAUUUCCAAUCACAAGCAAGAGACUGGAGUUCAUCAAGGAUCUCGUCCUGAAACUGGAGCCUACAAGCACUCAAAGGAAGAAGAGCAAGAAGACAGGCUCCCAGCCGAUACAAGUGAGAGAAGAGACACGCAAAGGGCCAUGGACAGAGCAGGAGGACAUGCAACUGGUAUGCACUGUCCGUUUGUUCGGUGAACGCCGUUGGGAUUUCAUUGCCAAAGUAUCAGGCCUCAACCGCACAGGAAAGAGCUGUCGCCUCCGGUGGGUUAACUACCUCCACCCUGGCCUAAAGCGUGGGCGCAUGACUCCCCAUGAAGAACGCCUCAUCCUCGAGCUCCAUGCUCGGUGGGGAAACAGGUGGUCCAGGAUAGCACGGAAGCUGCCAGGGCGUACCGACAAUGAGAUCAAGAACUACUGGAGAACACAUAUGAGGAAGAAAGCACAGGAGAGGAAGAGGAGCGUGUCACCCUCACCAUCUUCAUCCUCAGUGACAUACCAAUCCAUUCAGCCACAGACGCCAUCGAUCAUGGGAAUUGGCGAGCAGGAACUUCAUGGUGGCAGUAGCUGCAUCACAAGCAUAUUGAAGGGCACGCCUGCUGACAUGGAUGGAUACCUCAUGGAUCAGAUAUGGAUGGAGAUUGAGGCACCCUCUGGGGUCAACUUUCAUGACGGGAAGGAUAAUUCAUACAGCAGCCCCUCUGGCCCUCUGCUGCCAUCACCGAUGUGGGAUUACUACAGCCCUGAGGCAGGCUGGAAGAUGGAUGAGAUAAAGAUGGCCCCACAAGUUAGCUACAGUAAAGGAAUUGGCCCCAGUUAUUGA